GACGAGAUUUUCCAGCCCAGUUUAGCAGUGCCGCCACUACGUAUGCUUCGGGGUUUAUAAACCCGAUGAGGUGCUGAUUUGAUUUCUUUCGUCGUUUUUGAUUUUGCUCGAGAGCGAACAAGGUGAAAAGGUUUAUAGUUGCUUCUGGAUUCCAAACGUUCAGUGUGUCUGAAAACAGUGAUCGCGUGAUAGAUAUUGUUUUUGUGGUUAGUUCGCGGCUAUCAGCGAUUGUCUUACAGUAGAGCUGUUCCUCGUCCGUCUUCACCUGUUGUUACAGUUCAACAACUACGAUGGUGGAUAAAUGCUUCAUCACCAUUCCAACCAAGCCGACGAUAGAAGCGGAGCUGAAAAAACCUCUAUCUAAUGCCAUAACAGCAGUGUAUUCUGGCGAGAGUAUCCAGGAUAUAAACCAGUCCUUGGAUGAACUGGAUAAACUGAGGAAAAAUGCUGUGUGUCGCAUUCUGGACCGCCAUGAGUCAUCCCUUGAAAUCUUGUACAAGUAUUAUGAUCAGUUACAUUCACUGGAGAUGAAACUCCCAUCAGCGGAGCAUCAGAUACCCUUUAAGUGGAAGGAUGCGUUCGAUAAGGGAGGAUUGUUUGUCGGCCGGAUGUCGCUGACUCAGGCGUCUCUGGGAUUUGAAAAAAUCUGUGUUAUGUUCAACAUCGGAGCCAUGUUGAGUCAGAUUGGGGCGAAUCAAAAUGUGGAAUUCGAUGACGGUCUUAAAACUGCCACCAAAUAUUUCCAGCAGGCGGCUGGAGUAUUCAACUACGUGAAAGAUCAUGUGUUGGCUGCCAUUCAGCAGGAUCCCACUCCAGAUCUGUACCCAGAUUGCCUGAGUGCUUUGAUCACUCUAAUGACCGCUCAAGCACAAGAAGUCCUGUUCAUGAAGGCCACUAAAGAGAAGAUGAAGGAUGGUGUAAUUGCCAAGGUCGCGGCACAGACAGAGGAUUAUUAUGCCGAUGCCAUGAAACUGAUGCAACGGGAAAGCAUUCGUAUGUGCUGGGAGAAGGACUGGUUGAACAUUAUCGCUUGCAAACAAGCUGGAUAUCACGCCAUUGCCGAGUAUUAUCAGGCUCUGGUCCACAAAGCCAACAAGGAAGUCGGCGAGGAGGUAGCACGUUUGAAACAAGCGCUGGAAUUGAUUCAAUAUGCACGGAAGAAGUACGACACACCGGCUUUUCCCUUUAAGUACGCUGAAACAAUCAUUCAGCGGGAUUACGAUGCGGCGCGCAAGGAUAACGAUUUCAUUUACCAUGCACGUGUUCCUGAUAUGAAAAGCCUGCAGCCGAUUGGCCGUGCUCCACUGGCGAAACCAAUUCUUCCUUCUUUUCCGCUUUCAGAUAAAUUUGUUGAUUUAUUUGGCGCUUUGGUGCCAGUGGCAAUUCAGCAAGCUACUACCGCACAUAACACGCGAAAGCAGGAGCUGGUUAACCGCGAAGUGGCUAACUUGCGCGAACAAACGCAGUUGAUGAAUGCUUUGUUGGCUUCGUUGAACUUGCCGGCUGCGUUGGAGGACUCUUCAGGUGUUGAUGUACCCGAAAGUGUUCGUCAGAAGGCGGCUAAUAUCAAACAAGAAGGCGGAUUGGAUACACUAAAGGCCACCAUGAACUCUUUACCUGAUAUGCUGCAGCGUAACAAGGAUAUACUAAAUGAGUGUGAUCGUCUUCUGCAAGAGGAACUGACUUCCGAUGAACAGCUCAAAUCGCAGUUUGGUCAACGUUGGAAUCGAAUGCCAUCGAGCCAGUUGAGUGAACCACUGCGAACGGAAUCAGCCAAGUAUCGCGCCAUCGUUUCCAAUGCGGAGAAAGCCGAUGCCAUUGUGCGAGACAAAUUUCAAAAGCACGAACGCGCCAUGUACUUGUUGAGUUGCUCAGAUCAAGAGCUGGUGCAGAAUGUUCCAUCGGCCAAUCCCGUUAAGGGCCUGCUGAGUAGCCCGGUGGUCAGUAAACUGCGCCUAUUGUUGGACACUGUCGAUGCUAUUAAAUUGACGCGGGAGAAUGCGGAGAACGAUCUAAAGGCUGCUGUUGUUGAAAUCAAACCACGUCUUCUUCAAGAGCCCAGUAUGCCGGCAGAUGCCGUAUAUGCUUUGUCGGUGGAGGAGUUGAACCGUGUCCUGGGGCCUAUUCAAAAGAGCAUCCACGAGACCUUCACCCUACAGCAGACAAUAAUGCCGGAAAUACAACAACUGAAUGCUGAAUUCUGUCAACAGAAGAGCGCCAACAAAAGCGCUGAACAGCGCGAGACCGUACUCAAGGACCUGGCUGCCGCUUACGAUGCAUUUAUGGAGUUGAAGGCCAACCUGAAUGAAGGAGCCAAAUUUUACGGUGACUUGACCGAAUUGUUGCUGAAAUUCCAAAGCAAGAUUGGUGAUUUCUGCUUUGCGCGGAAUGCCGAGAAAGAGGAACUGCUGCGGGCAGUGCAGGCUAAUAUCAUCAACAAGCCCACAAGUGAUUCAGGCGUUCCUAAAGCGCCAUCGUUCCAUGAAGGGGACGGAGGUCAGCCAAAAACUGCUCCACCGCCACGACCUCCUCCGCCCAGCAGCGGCCCCGGCGCCUCGGCUCCUGGCCAGCCCACUAAUCCACCACCAAACGCCACAAGCUCACCUCCCUCAUAUCCACCUCAUCAGGGCGGUAUGCCGCCAGGCUAUCCGCCACAGAACUAUCCCAAUCAGGGUUACAAUCCCUACGCCGGGGCUCCUGGAGCGCCCUAUCCGGCUUUUGGCGCGUAUAAUCCGCCUUCUUUCAAUCCGAAUAUGGCGUAUAAUAUGACGUAUCCGGGAGCGGGCGGACAGGCCUAUCCUUAUCCACCGGCGCCGGCGUAUCCUUACCAAAACCCUUAUCCACCGGGUUACCCCCCGGCCCAACCGGGAAUGGAACACUGGCAGCAAGGUCAGCAGCAGGGAGGAUACCGGCCAUCGUGAGAUGCUGAUAAUGGAUCAUUUUUUCUUGGUGUUUAUGGGGAGGAUGGGUUGGAUUUUGGUUAUAUAUUCCAGUACUGUUUGUUUGGUUUGACUGGCGGCGCGGUUUGGUUUAUUUUUUUAGUUCGCUUCGUUUCCUUUUUAAUUAGCGGUGCUAAAUAGUUAUUCAGAGUGGAUUUUUAAGCUAAUUAUUGUUAACCGUUCGUCGUAACUAAUGUUUUAAUCGUUUGCCAUAAUUUUGAAUUUUGAAUGCUUUUUCGUGAUUCACUUCACAUAUUGUUGCUCUUAUUGUCUAGUUACCGUUAUUUAACUCAGCAUGGAAAAUUGCAGACUAGAUUUAUAGCGCUUGAAUGUAUGCGUAUAAUUACAGAUUACAGCCGACCACCGAUGGCGAAUGAGCUAACCCGAUAAAAUUGUGAUAAU